AUGGGACUUGAACUGGUUUAUGGUUUAAACGCCAACGACAAAGCCGACAUACUUGUCGGCUUUGGUCUUUGCAUACAUCCACCCCUCAAUCAAAGGCGGUGUGGCUACGUCGUCAAUGCGAGCGCCCAUAGCAUAGCAGAAGCAGCCGGGGUGGAGCCCAUAGCAGUGUGUGUCUCUCUCUCACUCAAACGUCUAAAAGUCUCUAUCUCUCUCUCUCUCUCUCUCUCUCUCUCUCUCUCUCUCUCUCUCUCUCUCUCUCUCUCUCUCUCUCUCUCUCUCUCUCUCUCUAAAUCUCUCUCUCUCUCUCUAAAUCUCUCUCUCUCUCUCUAA